GGUAUACCUUUAUUCGAUAACAAUACAUCCGUGACACUGGAAAUGACAUCACUAUCAAUGACAUCAUAUCCUGUUACCUUGGAAAUGACAUCAAUGUUGGGGACAUCACAAUCUGUUACCCUGGAGACGACGUCACUGUCAAUGACAACAACCUUGUACGACCCUAAUUAUCCAUGGAAUGGAGACUGUUCCAAUGUUUUGGGUGGUGGUCCACCAGCAAGUAAUGUCUACACAAUUAUUCCAUCGGGAGCACCAGGGCCAAUUUCAGUCUAUUGUGAUGUGAAGCCAGAAGGAGUUUUUACACGCAUCAUGGAGCAUGGCGGGAACUGUGGCGUUGACGACUGGAACCUUCCUAUGUCGGAUUACAUCAGUGGAUUUGGGCAGGAUGUAUCGUGCGAUCAUUGGAUAGGACUACAAAAUAUGUUCUAUCUUACAAACACGAUCAGUAACUACAAACUGGAAAUCAACAUAAGGCUUGAAAAUGGUAACAACGAUUCGAUACAUUAUGGAUCUUUUUUGGUCAAAGAUCCAACGGCCUGGACAUUGCGACUUGAUUCAUUCAGCGGAAGUACCAAUAAUUACCUUGGCAACGGUUUUGAUAACCUACCCACCGCAAGCAGUGCGGAUUUAAUUGAUAAUGAAGAUUUUGAAGCAAAUGGAGUGAAUGUUUACGGAUGUUCAGGAGGGGAUAAAUCUGGGUGGUGGUUUUCUCCUAAUUGCUUGAAUACAAACCUUUGUUUACCUUUAGGACAAGUCGAAAAAGCACUUUAUCCUACAACGAGACAAAUAUUAUGGCCAGAAUUAUCAGGAAAUGAUCAAGUAGUAAAACAUGUAACAAUGCAAAUUAGAAAAACAAAUUAG